ACGCGUCUGUGCGCCUCUGCAACCCCGGCUUCCCGUCACCGAGGGCGGCUGCAGCGGAGAGGGGCUUCAUCGGUGUCACGAAUCCGGUUUUCCCCAGCCCUUUGCCGGCAGAGAGGGUGGGGAGGACCGGGGACAGGGUCAUUGGGAGAUUUCCACCAGCUUGACUGGACUCUGAGGACACACGAGGCACUUGUAGACGAGCCAAUGUGAGCUCAGCUGCUGUCCAGCUCUGUCGUCUUCACUUGGAAACUUCACCUUAAUCACUUAAAUCGUCCUCUCCAUCCAGUCAUUGUUCAGAGAGAGAGUGAGAGAGAGAGAGAGAGAGACAGAGAGAGAGAGAGAGAGAUAGAGAGAGAGAGAGGGAGAGAGAAAGAGAGAGAUACCUGUCUGCCCACCACCAGCCAGUUUUCUCCUGUGUUGGUGUAUUCUGAUGGAUCAGUAUGUCUACCACUAAUAAUAUCGCCCAGGCCAGGAAACUGGUGGAACAGCUGAGGAUUGAGGCAGGAAUUGAACGCAUCAAGGUGUCUAAAGCAGCCGCAGACCUGAUGAGUUACUGUGAGCAGCACGCUCGUAGCGACCCUCUGCUGGUUGGGGUUCCCACCUCCGAAAACCCUUUCAAGGACAAGAAACCCUGCAUCAUCCUAUAGCUGAGCUACACUCCUUCUGCCCUCACACACAAACAUAUUCACACAUGCACACUAAGUACAAACAUUUGUCCCCAGAUAUCCCCAGACACACACAUGCAAACACACACCACCUAGCAUACACAUACUCAUAUAACAUAUACACACUCCCAGAAUAGCCUCUCUGGAAAAGCGCCAUACUCUGUAGCCACAGUUAGGAGGGAAGUAUCUUGUGCUCCCAGUGGCUGAGGUCAGUACAUCACUGAGGAAGGUGCUUUGGUAAUGGUCAUAUCUGCUGAAAAUUAACUAAAAGUGACAAUUUAUUUGAAAAGGGAUUCGGACAUUAAUAAUCAGUUGGAGCAGGAUAUUUUCAGCUUCUUUUGUCAUGAACUAAGGUGUUGGGUAUAGGAGUGGGAAGCUGCAUGUGGGCAACAGAAAAGACGGUAGGCGCUCCUGCCACCCGUGCCAAACACGAUCUGGUGUCCCAAUAAAUGUUUUUUUUUUGUGAGGCAGUUAAAAGAAGUCUAAGAGCUGGCCUUCAAACCUGCCUUUGCUAAAUCAUGGUGGGUUUGUCUUGAAGCAAGCAGUUCAGCCUUUGCCUUUUAUCAGGCUAGCAUGUUCCUACCCAAACCUGUAUCAACAAACCGUCUCUGCCUGUGGCCUCAUCAUGGCCGUCCGCAGCCUUCGGCCAAACCUCCAGCUGUGCCAACUUCUACAGAAAAUUAUCUCUAGAUGCUGAUCUGCUGUCACCGAUUCCACUGCAGUUCUUUAUGAAUGCUGUUGGGCAAAAUCGAUGUCUAAGCUGACCUCAGAUCUGCAACUAUGAGGGGAGCAUAAUGAACUGCUCUACAAAGAACUCAAGCUAUUAACCCUGGACGUUUACUGCAUUUUUUCUUAAGAAAUACUUGUUUGUGAAUUCAAUGUACAUUUUGAUAUUUUGUUAAAGCAUUACCUAACAGAUAAGAUAAUACUGUACCUUUUUUUAAAUUAUUAUUUUGCUCUGAGGUAGGUGUUUCCCCUGGCUGAUCAGGUUUCUCCUCCUGUCUUACAUUAAAAGACAGAGGAUCUAGUUGUAAGUCAUGGGGAACACCUAAGCAGAUACUCUUAAACAAAGGUUUUUACUGUAGUUCAAGCCUCCCUGUGCUUUACCCUGAGAGAGGGCAGGUUGCACCCUGGAAUAAGUCUGUAAGGACAGCAAGGCUGUAGGAGAUUACCCAAAAGAUUUUCCUUUCCCACUUUUCUUUUCAUGUUUCAUUCUAUAAAUCGGCAGUUUUACAAAGGAAAAGUUGUGAUUUACUGCAUUGUAUUCAAGCAGUGUUUUGAUGCAUAAUCAUUCUGGAAAUUAUAGUCUUAAAGUUUCAGUCUCCCCAGGAGAAGUUUGGAUCAGUAAAGAUUCUGGGUUUUUUUCUAUCCUUCUCUUCUCCACAAUUCUCCUCUUCGGACAAACCAAACUUGAUUGUAAAAAAGAUGAAGUGAAAAGUGGAACACAAAUGAAGUCAAGAGAAAAUAACUAAGUGUAAAAACUUUCUUUCAGACAUGUGCAGAAGUGAUAAGUUGACGAAUAGCUGUUUAACUUUUUGAGUUUCUUCUUUCUAUGGAGUCCAUGGAACCUGGUCAGUUGAGUAUUGCCCUGUACAGUGUUUGUAAGAUAACAAAUCUAAACACAGAAUCCCUCUCUGUGGAUGUUAGAUCUUUCUUUUAGUACUCCUUAUUCUGUUCUAUCAGUCAAGAUCAUGUCUGUCUUCUUUUGUUGUAGUUCAUUUUUGGUCAUUCAGGUUUUAGAGGCUUAUGAUAGUGGAGGAUGGUUUUAACCAGAGACACAAACACAGACACCUGAUGAGGAUAUAUCAAAAUAAAGAGUAAGAUUGAAAAUGUAAACCUGUUAGGUUUAGGAUUGUGUCCUGUAAGAGGAUAAAUCAACAUCAGACCUCAUUCCAGAGGCAAAAACCAACCUCCUGAUCUAUCCUUUAACACUAUAGUAGCCCACAAGCAUUUCUCUUGUGUUGCAUUUGGUGCGUGAAAGGCAACUAGGACAACACACAUUUUUACAUAACACACUCUCUCUCGUGCAGCUCCUAUUUAGGUUUGUAAGCAGUCAAAGGUUAAAGGAGUGUCAAGGCUGGCCACAUAGAGCUGCUUUUUGAUGGUUAAUUGAUGAAAGAGAAGAGCUUUGUGUUGUCAUAUUUACAUUUGAGCAUUUAGCAAAGGCUUUUGUCAGGACUAACGUACAGUGAAAGAGGAGGGUGGAGUCAUUUGGACAGGAUUUGUGCUUGCUGAUGGACCGCCAGGUGAGAUCAACCUGCUCCCUUUCUCUUCUCUAAUCACUUGGUCAAUAUGAGCUACCUGCUGCCACACAGACUUCUGGGAGUCCAGUGGGCGGAGGGGUCGGAAGUUGGUGAGGUUGUCUUUUGGUGGGUCCACACUUGCUGGUGUGCGCACAGUUUGGAAGGCAGACUGUUUGCUGGGGAGAGCUUAAAGCUUCACAUUUGCAGACGUUUGAAAUUUGUGAACUUCAAAUAUGAAGCUGUAGCUGCCAGUUAGCUUAGCUUAGCAUAAUGACUGAAAAAAGUUGGCGUAGCUCUGUCCAAAGGUUACAAAAUUUGUUGAGACAAAAGUAAUGUUAACUAAAUAACAUGUUACAUUUAUUUAUUUUUCAAAUCAGUACAUUAAAAAAAUUCUAAGAGUGAGAUGAGACUAUGCCGCUAGCUUUCGACAGAGCAAGGUUUUAUGUUUGCUAUUUUGAAAAUGUAUGCUAAGCUAAGCUAGCUGCUGCAUCACAUUUAAUGCACAUACAGGAGAUUAGUACCAAUCUACUCAUCACAUAUUUAGCAUGUAGGUAAACAAAAGUAUUUAUUUUUUUUAAAUGAGGAGAAAAAACGGAAAUCAAGGCUUAAUUGCAAAAUAAAGUUGGUUGAAUAGUUCUGACACAUAGCCCUCCUCUAAGUCUGAUUAGCCGUUACUCCACACAGACAGUGUAGGCCGUUCCAAAAAUACAGAGAACACUGAGGGUGUGCGUGUGUUUGUGCGUGUGUGUGUGCCUGUGUGUGUGGGUCUUUGGUAGCGGAGAAGAAUGAUUUGGCAGAGCAGGAGGCAGAGAAGAGAAAGCAGAGGUGCACGCAUGAGUGUGUGUACACGCCUGUGUGUGUGUAGUGGGAGAGACACAGUGAGUAAGAACACACAGUGCCUCCAGGGCUGUUUCAGAGCGUCACAGUAAUGUAACAGUAAUGCAGCCCUGCAAUUCCAGGUCAGGGUGAGACUGACCGGAGGAGAGGUCAUGCGACACAGUCAGACCAGUAUGUAUGGCCUUCACUCACUCUUCUAUUGACUGGAGAAGAGCAAAAGAGGAUUCUGUCAAGAGCUUAAAUUGUUCAUUUGUAGUGUGAGCAGCUAUUUUGAUGUGACGACUUUAACAAUAAUGAUCACUAAGCUGACUAAUUCCCUUUUGAAAUAUAUUUUGUAUUCGUCAUUGUUGUUUAGCCCCAUCUGUGCCUGAGUCAGUUGCAUUUAUUAGCUGCAGCUUAUUUUCACCACUUAUUAAAGCUUUAGACUGCAGCCUGAAUAGUUUUGCAUUUUGGGAACAAACUUAGGCCUUUUGCUUUUUGCAGACUAUUAGAUGAGAGGAUCAGUUGAAAUUGAAAAACAUUGGCAACACAAUGGAACUUUCGCUGUUUUCUACAAGUUAGAAGCCGAUACAGCUUCUUCUGGAGGUUGAGGGGAGUGUUUGUAAAUUAGUUAUAAUCUAUAACUUUAACCUUAUGUGGCCCUAAGUAUUACAGUACGAUCCUUUAAGCACAUUUGCGUACAUGUUAAAUAUCACUUAAGUCUUGUCUACUAUGUGAAGGACUAGCUUAGUAGUUGCUAAGCUAAGCUAACCAGCUGUUGGAUGUAGCUAUUAUUCAACAAACAGACUUAUUGAACUUCCUAGUGAACGCGCAGCAACUAACCCAUAAUAAAUAUUUCCCUAAAUGUGAAGCUUAAUUUGAACGCUGAUUUUCUUAAAAAAUAAAAACAAAAACAUUGAACUAGCUUAGGAAAUACCAUAACUAGCCCGCUCAAACGGAAACCUUGAAUCCAAACAGUAUCAACGAACGAGUAACUCAGAAUAAUUUAUCAUGAUGUGAUGUUUGCCUUCCCCUAAAUGAUGACGUCGUGGAAGAUUGAGGAAAAUGCUGAUUCGUUGUUUGUGUUUAAAAAAGGAGAGGCUGCUCCCUGUAAUUUGAAAUGUUAAAGUGAUAGUCUAAGAGGUUUGCAACUGCAAACAGUUCAACAUAAAGUAAGCAUGCAUACACACAAACACACACACACACACACACACACACACACACACACACACACACACACACACAGUGACGUUGUCCUGGAGAUGCUUUUUUAUCAUAUUUAUUUAUUCAAUCAUUCCAUAUUUGGUUGGGCUACAAUCAGAGAGAGCCGGCCUACAAUCUAUGGUCGGCUGACAGUUUGUCUGAUUGGUUGUUAGUUUGCCUUAUGGUGGCGUAUAUUGUGUUAAUGCUGGUCUUUGGGGUUAUCAGAUCAACAGAACUAACAGUGUUAAGAAUACAUGGUUCGAGAUGAAAAUCCAUGGGUGUUGUGACACAAAGCGAGCCCGGUGAAAAAAAUUCCAGCCAGGUGGGGAGAUUUGAGGCUCCUCAUUGGUGGAAAUCAAGCAUCGCUGCAUCGCCUCGGAGCCCUUCCUGAGACUCAUCUUUUGUGUUCUGAUCUCCUGUGUAUGCAUACAGUAUAUGUAUCUUUUUGCCUUGAUUGAUUAUGAAGAAAAUAUAUCUAUUUUUUGUAACUGUUCUCUGAUGUGCCAUAACUCAUGUUUUCUUGCACAUUGUUAAUAUUUUGUGGAUAUUGCUGUUAAAAAGAUGAUAUUGAGAAGUAGAUAACAUUAAUAAAAAGAUGAUAUAAUAAUA